CAGGUUGGGUAAAUAGAGGGGCAGCAGAUUGCUUUUGCUUGAUGUCAGGUUCACGCGAAUAUGAUGGGUGGCUGUCAGCCCCACAUCGCGCUGAUGCCCGGAUAUCCAACUUCAUCCAGAACGCGUCUGGACUCUACAUAUCUUCACUCAAUACCAAAGACCAUCAUUUCUGCCACCCAAGGUUGUUUGGAACAUACGAGAACCAGAUCCCUGCAUAGAAGGCAUAUCGAGUCGUUGGUUUUCGGAAAUGUUACCAAAGCUUUUUCUCAUGGUUGCUUUUUGAAGCAAGGACGCUCUUGCUCUUUGUAGAACAGUAGCAUCCACAACAUUGGAGGUUCACGGCACAUAUCUCAACGAGCCCUGUAAUUUUUCACCAUGGCCAGGUCAAAGGUCGCUACAGCCACCCAUGGCAGCUCGCAGCCUGUGUCGUCGGUUAUGGACUUGUUGGAUGAGCAGCGGCUUCCAAGAUCUCUUUUCAAGAUCCACAAGCAGCAGCAGGAAUUACUGGAUAAGUCCGACUCAUGGGCUCAACAUCUCAGCCGUCAGUCGAGGCCUGGAAUAAACAUACCACCAGAGGUUCUCAAAAAUAUGAGGGACUUUCAUAGGCGGCAGGCUGCAUUGACUGCUAUCCAUAAACCCCAGGAACCUGGUGGCAACGAACACGAAAGCACUCGUAUAGAUGGCAAUGCCCCACCUCAUUCGUCUCCGUCGCCAGGGCCGUUGUCCGAUGAUGAAGCAGAAGACGAGGAAGACGCUGGCACAUCUAUUACAUGGUCCCCAAGCCCUCCAAGGGAUGACGGCGUCCCGCCAGUGGCCAGAGAACCUCCACCUCACAGCCCGACCCCUGAUCGGCACGUUCAACCGACAUGUGAAGCCGCUCAACAGGAGCCAUUCAUUUCGCAGAUCCCCCCGAGGUCGCCAUUGCAACCGACGAUGGAUGCUGCAAACACUCGACAAAGGUCAUCAUUUCCCGAUUUCCCUUCAAGCAGUCUCGGUUCGGAGGCGGACCUGGAGGUUGCUGCCCCAAAAGCUUUCGCAAAAGCCUCCGCAUCAUUGAGAAAAGAUGUCGAGCUGAACCCGACACCGCCCUCAGCCCAGAUUCAAGUUCCUUGUACUUUCGAUGCUGCGGCCUUCAUCCCACAACCCCGUGCAGAAAUACCUAGAUCAAGGCCAUGCUCGGAUCUUGCUAGCAUCGACACAGUAUUUGGCCGUGUUGCCACAAGUACGAAGGCAGCUGUGUUGAAGAAUAUGCCACCUGCCCCUGCGACUAUUUCUGGCUAUGAUAUUCCGGGUUCCCAAUCAUCUGUGGAUUCUGCGUCAUCCGUAAUCCCAGCAACUAAUUUUGCAAAGCCGCACAGAAGUCCGGCAAAGUCGCUUAAAAUGCCACAGCCGACCACAACCGCAGUCAAGGAGACUCUCAGGGUAAACCAACCAACUGUCUCGGAGUCAAAGAAGGCUGAGACGCUCACACGGUCCACUAAGACCACUAAGACCACGGAGCUGCCUGCGCAUGUGACCACUCGCACUUGUCGACAACGAACGCCGGUCUAUAAACCGCAAUCGCCCCGAUUAGUGUUCUCCUUGCCUGAAUCAGAUGAGCCUCCCUUUUUACGGUAUUGUAUUGCAUACCCCAGCUACAAUGGAACCCUAGAGGAUUUUCUUGCAGGUUGUUUAUCUAUACCCAAAGGGCGACUUGCGACGUACCAGUAUGAUGAUUUCAUUCGAGCGUGGUUAGAGGAGUAUCUGUCGUACGUUAAACGCACUGACGAUGCUCUACCGUGUAUCGAUUGGUACAUGGAUACGGCCGAGGAACUGCCUACAUCUUUUCAAACCAAAGUUGUCACGAAAGCAAAUCUGGAAGCAAUACUCGAGCUAUAUGCCGAUGAUAUCGAGUCAAUGCGUAACACUGCAACGCGAAAGAACAUGCGUGGAUCAUCUGAAUCCCCGGCCCCAGCACUUCUGCCACCAGAAAACAAGGAGCAGAAGCCUGGCUCCUCGGGUCUUCAAGAAGCCAAAAGUGGUGAGGGGAAGGUCAUAUCUCAAGACGACAUAGAAUCACUGAUAAUGACGUCAAAUCAAGAAACAGAUAAAGAGGUUCAACCUUCUGGACCUCUUCUCGAGCAGCCCGAAACUGUAGGCGAGGAUGAGCGGUCAUCCCAGCAUUUUGCAGCGGGAAAGGACAUUCGUAGAUCAUCUCAAAAACGUCCUACAAACCCUAGCGUCGAUGAGCCUGUCGCAAAGAAAGCACUCCGUACCUCGCAGCUACCAUCAGAAGCAGGCACAGCUGGGAAGCGCUCUUUAGCGCCUAGAAGCAGCAACCCAACAAAGACGCUCAGCAAGGAAGGGUUCAAAGCUUUCAUGAAGAAAAAGAGGAAAGAGGGGGGGAAAUUGCGCGACGAUAUCAGUAUCGCAAGUUCAGCGCCUGUUCGCGCUACCCCGACAUCAGGUCAGAAGGGUUGACAGAGCUAAUGAAUGAUAUGUACCAAGGCGAGUAUGUCUUGCUGUAUGGUAAGAGCAUGUGUAAACCGUUUGAGCAGAACAGCAAGCUUGUAUCACUAAGGUUACAUUAAUCGUAGUCAGAGAUACCCAUGGCUACUAAGUAGCAAGUGUUGUUAGAAUAAAGCAACCAGAUGCAUGCAGUGCCUAGCGUUUAACAGGUUGCCCUUUUAGUUGCAAUGGAGCAAACUCUGGUUGACAGAUAUGCAAGCAUGCUCCAGGGGUUUCAGAACGUGCUACUAUAACACAACACGAUGAUAAUAAAUAUAGUAGCAGCCCAACGCAGGUAGGUGGGUGGUAGAUU